AUGGCGGCCAACAACAUGAAUAACCCGGCGGUGGACCCCAACACCGAGGAUGAGGUGUUUGCCCGGGAGGUCGAGGAGGUUAAGAAGUGGUGGAGCGACUCAAGAUGGAGGCAUACCAAGCGCCCCUUCACUGCUGAGCAGAUCGUCUCCAAGAGAGGCAACCUCAAGAUCGAGUACCCAAGCAACACGCAGGCCAAGAAGCUGUGGGCUAUCCUCGAGGGGAGGUUCAAGAACCGAGAUGCUAGUUACACCUACGGCUGCUUGGAACCCACCAUGCUCACCCAGAUGGCCAAAUACCUCGACACCGUCUACGUCUCUGGAUGGCAGUCCUCCUCGACCGCCUCCGCCUCAGACGAGCCCGGCCCGGAUCUGGCUGACUACCCCUACACCACCGUCCCCAACAAGGUGGCCCACCUUUUCAUGGCACAGCUCUUCCACGACCGCAAGCAGCGCCAAGAGCGCCUGACGACGCCCAAGGCACAACGGGCCAACCUGGCCAACAUCGACUACCUGCGGCCCAUUAUCGCGGAUGCAGACACGGGCCAUGGCGGCCUGACGGCCGUGAUGAAGCUCACCAAGCUGUUCAUUGAGAAGGGCGCCGCCGGCAUCCACAUCGAGGACCAGGCUCCCGGCACCAAGAAGUGCGGACAUAUGGCGGGCAAGGUGCUGGUCCCCAUCAGCGAGCACAUCAACCGCCUGGUGGCGAUCCGGGCGCAAGCCGAUAUCAUGGGCUCGAACCUCCUCGCUGUUGCCCGCACGGACGCCGAGGCUGCCACGCUCAUCAGCACCACGAUCGACCCCCGCGACCACGCCUUCAUCCUCGGCACCACAAACCCAAACCUCCAGCCCCUCAACGACCUCAUGAUGGCCGCCGAGGCAGCAGGCAAGACAGGCGAGCAGCUGCAGGCGAUCGAGGACCAGUGGCUGUCGCAGGCGGGUCUGAAGCGGUUCGACGAGGCCGUGGUGGAGGCUGUCCAGAAGGGCACGCAUGUGGACAAGAAGGGGCUGGCGGCCGAGUACCUGAAGCAGUCCAAGGGCAAGUCGCUCACCGAGGCGCGGGCGCUCGCCAGAGGCCUGCUGGGCGUCGAGGUCUUUUUCGACUGGGACGCACCCAGGACCCGCGAGGGGUACUACCGUCUCAAGGGCGGCUGCGACUGUGCCAUCAACCGGGCCAUCGCGUAUGCGCCCUAUGCGGAUGCCAUCUGGAUGGAGAGUAAGCUGCCAGACUACAAGCAGGCCGAGGAGUUUGCCAAGGGCGUGCAUGCCGUCUGGCCUGAGCAAAAGCUGGCGUACAACCUCUCGCCCUCGUUCAACUGGAAGACGGCGAUGCCCCGCGCAGAGCAGGAGACGUACAUCCGCCGUCUGGCGUCGCUGGGCUACUGCUGGCAGUUCAUCACGCUGGCGGGCCUGCACACGACGGCGCUGAUCAGCGACCAGUUCGCCAAGGCGUACGGGCAGGUCGGCAUGCGCGCGUACGGCGAGCUGGUGCAGGAGCCCGAGAUGGAGCACGGCGUCGACGUGGUCAAGCACCAGAAGUGGAGCGGUGCCACCUAUGUCGACGAGCUGCAGAAGAUGGUCACCGGCGGCAUCAGCAGUACGGCGGCCAUGGGUAAAGGCGUGACUGAGGAUCAGUUUCAUUAGUGACAUUAACUGUUACUGUCAGCGUGGUGAUAGAAUGUAAAGAAGAGAUGCUGGAGCGUGUGCUUUUCCCUCUCUUCCCUCUCUUUUCCUUCUUCUCUCCUUCCUGUAUCUCUCUCUCUCUCUCUCUCUCUCUCUCUCUCUCUCUCUCUCUCUCUCUCUGUGUGUGUGUGUGUAUGUAUGUCUCUUCCUGUGUCAUAUAUGUUAGCUGAGGCAUCAAGCACUCUGGUAUUGAGUCGUUGCUUAGCCUGGAUUAGAAGAGAGGGCAAAUACACACCAGUGAUGUUUGU